UCACAGUUUGAAGGCACUUAGAGGGACUUGGCUCUCCUCUUAGUGUGCUCCACAUCUCUGCCAAACCUCUCUGUCUCUGUUCCUCCUCCUUUUUUUCUGCAAACUACUUCCCAGAAGAAACUAGACCAGCCAUGUCGACCAGAACAAUGAGCGUGAAGACAAGCAGGACCAGCUAUGGUUCCAGUGGCGGCGGUGGUUUUGGUGGCAGUGUCCGCGUAGGAGGAGGGGGAGGAGGAUUUUCCUCAAAAUCCGCUAUUUCCAUCAGACCAUCUUACCAAAUGGCCUCAUCAAGCGCAGGUGGCUUUAUGCAGAGAUCCAGCAUGGGUGGUGGUUUCAGCGGUGGCUCUUCAUAUGGUGGCUACGGUGGCGGCGCUGGUGGUGGCUACGGUGGCGGCGCUGGUGGUGGCUACGGUGGAGGUGCCGGUUUCGGUGGUGGCUUCGGUGCUGGUGGUGGCUUCGGUGCUGGUGGUGGCUUCGGUGCUGGUGGUGGCGCCGGAGGCUUCGGUGGCGGUGCUGGAGGUUUCAUUGCACCCCCCAUCACAAAUGUCCAAGUCAACCAGAGCCUGUUGGCUCCCCUGAACCUUGAGAUUGACCCCAACAUCCAGACUGUCCGUACCCAGGAGAAAGAGCAAAUCAAGACCCUCAAUAACCGCUUCGCCAGCUUCAUUGACAAGGUCCGCUUCCUGGAGCAGCAGAACAAAAUGCUGGAGACCAAAUGGAGCCUCCUGCAGGAACAGACCACCACCCGCUCCAACAUUGAUGCAAUGUUUGAGGCCUACAUUGCCAACCUCCGCAGACAGCUGGAUGGGCUCGGCAACGAGAAGAUGAAGUUGGAGGGAGAGCUGAAGAACAUGCAGAAUCUGGUGGAGGACUUCAAGAACAAGUAUGAAGACGAAAUCAACAAGCGUGCCGGUGUGGAGAAUGAAUUUGUGCUCCUCAAGAAGGAUGUAGAUGCCGCCUACAUGAACAAAAUUGAGCUGGAGGCAAAGGUUGAUGCUCUUCAGGAUGAGAUCAACUUCCUCAGAGCUAUCUAUGAAGCGGAACUGAAUGAACUCCAGGGACAGAUCAAGGACACCUCAGUCAUUGUGGAGAUGGACAACAGCCGUGGCCUGGACAUGGACGCCAUUGUGGCUGAGGUCAGGGCUCAGUAUGAGGAGAUCGCCAACAACAGCCGAGCUGAGGCAGAGAAAUGGUAUCAGCAGAAGUUCCAAGAGAUGCAGACCUCUGCAUCACAGGCCGGAGAUGACCUACGCAACACAAAGAGCGAGAUUGCCGAUCUCAACCGCAUGAUCAGCCGACUCCAGAAUGAGAUUGAGGCCGUCAAAGGACAGAGAAGCAACCUGGAGGCCCAGAUUGCAGAGGCUGAGGAGCGUGGCGAGCUAGCUGUGAAGGAUGCCAAGCUCCGUAUCAAAGAUCUGGAGGAGGCACUGCAGAGAGCCAAGCAGGACAUGGCCCGCCAGGUCCGCGAGUACCAGGAGCUCAUGAACGUCAAACUGGCUCUUGAUAUUGAGAUUGCCACCUACAAGAAGCUCCUAGAAGGAGAGGAAUCCAGAAUUGCCUCUGGAGGUGGAAGUGCAACCAUCCAUGUGCAGUCCUCAAGCUCCAGCUUUGGUGGCUCAGGAGGCGGCAUGGGCGGAGGCAUGGGAGGUGGCUUCGGUAUGGGCAGCGGCAUGGGCGGCGGCAUGGGCGGCGGCUACGGCAGUGGCGGCGGCUACGGCAGUGGCGGUGGAUAUGGCAGUGGCGGUGGAUAUGGCAGUGGUAUGAGCAUAGGAGGAGGAGGCGGCAGCAUCAGCUCAAAGAGCUCCAGCAGGGUCUCUUCGUCUCGGCUUCGUUAUUAAAAGUCCUGGUCUCUAUUCUUCUUCCCUCGUUCUGCAACCUUUUCCACCCUCACCUUUCCAUGCGGACACAGAGUCCCCUCAGGAACACGCUUUAUCAUUUACAACCAACAUAAUCACAUAGAAACAGUUAGAGAAACCUACUGAACACAAGUUAAGGCAGAGAGAUUGUUAAACCAAAGACAAAGAGCCGCAGAGAUGUGAGUUAGCCCUGUCUCCUUUUCAUCAGUCAGCCUGGCUGUCUUCUGGUUGCCGGAUGCGUUGUUGUACAGACAUGGGAAUAUUUGUAGUGUUACAUUAACGAAUCCAUACAGGGUAACCACCGCUGCACAAAAACAGAGAACAGGAAGUGGCUUUGUACCUGAGGAGCAGGGAUUUUCUAGCCUAGAAUAUUAGCCUCGUACCUCUUCUGUUGUCUCACAUACAUCAUCCUGUGCAGUUUGCCAUCUUUAAAAGCAGCCACAUGUAACAGACAAGUUGAUUGUUUUUUGUCUCUUUUUUUCUAUUCAUGUUUUGAGAGAACAUGAGCUGUCCACUGUUUAAACUACAUGGUGUGUGUGAUCAUGCUUUACUUUCAACAACAACUGUAAAACUAAAUGCAUAGGGCUGACUGCAACUACCAGAUUUAUUAUGAAUUGUACCAUCAAAAAAAAGCUGCAAUAAAUCUGAAUUCAUAUUCA